AUGGGAGACCGACAGCAACUUUUAGAUAUGGGCUUCGAAGCCGACCGGGUAGACUGGGCCCUUCGCGCCACGAGAAAUGCUGGCCUGCAACCCGCCAUGGACCACCUCCUCAACAACUCUGACAAGCCCAUACCCGCCGCUGCGACGGAGGAAGUGGAUGAAGAUGAUGAAGAUGCUGUCAAGGCGCAUAUUGAGAAACUGGGCGGGACGGUAGAUGAUUCCGACGCUGUUGCGAAGUCAAUCAAAUGUACAGAAUGCGGCAAGACAUUCCGGUCCUCCGCUACCGCCUCUUUCCACGCCGAAAAGAGCGGUCACGACCAAUUCGAAGAAUCCACCGAAGAGAUCAAGCCCUUAACGGAAGAGGAGAAGGCGGCGAAAUUGAAGGAUUUGAGGGAAAAGCUGGCCAUUAAGAGGAAGGCGCAGGAGAAGGAGAGUUCGGCGGCUGAUAAGGCUAAUGAGGCUAUUAGGAGGAAGGCGGGGCAGGAUACAGGCAAGAUCAGGGAGGAUAUGAAGAUCAAGGAGAUGCAGAAAGAUGUAGAGAGGAAGAAGCGGGAGAAGUUGGAAGAUGCCAAGGCAAGAGCUGCUAUCAAGGCUCAGAUUGAGGCGGAUAAAAAAGAGCGAGCCGAAAAAGCCGCCCGAGAAAAAGCACUCAGAGAUGGAACUUCCGCCCCUGCCCCUGCCCCCGCUGCUGCUGCCCCGGCACGCCCGGCUUCGAAUGUCAAGAGCAGUGAGAACCCCGAGACGCGGCUGCAGGUUAGGAUGCACACUGGUGGUGCGCCUAUCACCAAGACGUUCCCUAGUGAAAGCAAACUGCGCGAAGUGGCAGAAUGGAUCGCCUCGGAAAACCUGGCUUAUGAUGUAGACACUGUGACUUUGUCUAUGACUUUCCCUCGAAAGAAGUUCACCAGCGCGGAUAUGAGCAAGACGCUGAAGGAGAAUGGGCUGACACCGUCUGCUGUCAUCAUGGCCAACUAG